AUGGGAGCCGAACAGAGCGCACUGGAAGACUGCAGGAUCUGCGAUCAGCGUCGAUCCUUGGGCUCCUCCUCCAUCCCCUCCUCCUCCUCCCUCUUCACCUCUUCCUUGAACAACCACACCCAACGCAGAAACCCACACUCGUCUCCUCCAACCCAGUCCUCCUCUACAUCAGCUGAGGGGCAGUCCUCCGAGGAGCAGAGUUCACUGGUGCACCAUGGCCUAGGACCGCUUCACCAGGCGGCGGCAACGGAUGAUGACCUACAGAUCUGUCUUCUCGUGGAGAAGUUGGGAUUUGAUGUCAACAUCACAGACGAUUUCGGACGAACCCGUUGGUCUCCUCCUUCUCGUGGCAACUUCCUGACGGUGUUGAUGUUUCCAGCAUUGCAUGCUGCGGCCUUCACGGGGAGUUUGCGGGCAGUGAAAUGUUUGAUACGAUUAGGAGCCAACCUUGACAGCAUGUCCAUCGACGGCAAAACGCCGCUUGUGUGCGCUGCCGAGCAGAGGCAUACGCUGGUGUUGAGGAGUUGCUGUAACCUUGUCGAUCUCAACUUCCUGCCAGAGCACAUGCCAUGGAAGAUGGAGAAUGGGGUUGGCUGGAAUGACUUGCGAGAAGAGGAGGCCGAGAGCAUCUCCAGCGGAGCUGGGAGGAGUGAGGAGCGGAACGGGCAGAGCAUCGCGGACUUCAGCUCGGAGGGCAGCGCGAAAGAGAAUGUCGAGUUUUCCCACCGCAACGACGAUCUCAACAAGGAUAUCGGCAGCGGUAUUAUCCACAAGGAUACAGUCGAGGGCAGCCUUGAUCAAUUACUAGCGAGACAUACGAACAUGGACUCAGGAUCCAGCGUGUGGAAGGUGACGGAGUGGAAGGAGGAGAAGAAGGACAAAGAAACGAGAAACAAGACUGAGGAGGAGAAGGAGGGCGAUGAGAAGCUCAACAAUGCCAAGCGAUCGUUGGAGUUUGACUCUAUAGAGUAA